AUGGCGCUUCUUUAAAUUCUUCCCCCCCCAACCUCUAGGGUUUCAAAUUUCUCACUCUUCUUUUCUCAACUCACCACCACUCACUCUCUCUCUCUCUCUCUCUCUCUCUCUCUCUCUCUCCAAAACGCUUCAACGCACUCUAACCAAACUUCGGCGUUUCGUUUUACAUCACUAAACGCGGUUUCAAUUUCUUGCUAGGGUUCCCAAAAAAUGGAGGUGAAACUCACCGAAUCGGCGAUUACGAAGAUGUGCGAGAAUUCCAGUUCAGCUGAGGAUCUGAAGCCGAUUUUGCAAGUAAUGGACUUCAAGCUUGUGCAGUCGCAACAGAACAAUACCGAGAGGUUCCGUUUGGUUCUCUCUGAUGGCUCCCAUUACCAGCAAAGCAUGCUCGCUACGCAGAAGAACGAUUUGAUCCAUUCUGGCAAGUUGCAGAGAGGUUCUAUCAUCGUUCUCAAUCAGUACACAUGCAGCCUUGUCCAGGGCCGAUCGAUCAUUAUUAUCAUUGAACUAGAUAUUCUGUUGGACAAAUGCGAGCUACUUGGAAAACCGGUCAGUGCAACAAAAUUUGCUCCGUCACAAUCUGCAACUGAUCAAUCAGGAAUUACCUCUGGGAAUAAUGUGCCUGGUCCUUCUCCGGAACCCCCAAAAGUAAAUCAACCUGCUAGUAGUGUUGGCUCUUCUAGUUUUGACAUGGGGAGAUUCGGUGCAUCAAAUGCCCCUCCUGCUUAUCCAAAAGCAGAGCCUAGAGCUAUGGGACCUAGUUCUGGCAUUGCAGGUUAUAGUUCAACAAAUGUUCCUUUUACUUAUCCUAAACCAGAGCCUGGAGCUACAUUACCUAGAUCAGGACAGUCUGGUGGGUCUUAUGGUGAUCAGAAUGUGGGUUAUCGCAAUCCCCAAUCUGAGGCAUCAAGGCCCUUUCAAAAUUCUUAUGCUCGUCCACCUCAGCCCAUGUAUCGACAGCCAUCUCCGGUGUACAAUAACAGAGGCCCUGCGGCAAGAAAUGAAGCUCACCCAAGGAUCAUUCCAAUAGCCGCAUUGAAUCCAUACCAGAAUAACUGGACAAUUAAAGCUAGAGUAACAGCUAAGGGAGAACUCAGGCACUAUAGUAGUGCCCGAGGUGAUGGAAAAGUGUUUUCUUUUGAUCUUCUUGAUUCUGAUGGUGGAGAAAUCCGGGCAACUUGCUUUAAUGCUGUGGCUGAUCAGUUUUACAAUGUAAUUGAAGCUGGAAAUAUCUAUCUGCUUUCCAGGGGACAUAUAAAGCCAGCACAAAAGAACUUCAAUCACCUUCGUAAUGAUCAAGAACUGACCCUUGAUAUAGCCACCAUUAUACAACCGUGCCAUGAUGAUGUGUCAAUUCCACAGCAGACUUUUAACUUCCGUCCAAUUAUUGAAGUUGAAACUAUUGAAAACAAUACUAUUUUGGAUGUGAUUGGUGUGGUGUCUUCUAUUAGUCCUACUGCUUCAAUUAUGAGGAAAAAUGGCACCGAAACUCAAAAGAGAACCCUCCAGUUGAAAGACAUGUCUGGUCGAAGUGUUGAAUUAACCAUGUGGGGAAAUUUUUGCAAUGCAGAAGGACAAAGGCUACAAAGUCUCUGUGAUGCUGGAAGAUUUCCAGUUUUGGCUGCCAAAGCCGUCAGAGUAAGUGAUUUCAACGGGAAGUCAGUUGGGACCAUAGCCACCAGCCAGCUAUUUGUAGAGCCUGAUUUUGUGGAUGCUUGUAGGCUGAGGGAAUGGUUUGACAAGGAGGGGAGGAACGUUCCUACUAUUUCUCUUUCCAGAGAAGCAUCUAAUUUUGGCAAGUCUGAUGUGCGGAAGACCGUAUCCCAGAUUAAAGAUGAGAAAUUAGGGACAUCUGAGAAGCCUGAUUGGAUAUCUGUUUGUGCAAGUAUUUCAUACAUGAAGGUUGAUAACUUCUGCUACACAGCUUGCCCUGUCCUGAUAGGUGACAGGCAAUGCAACAAAAAAGUGACUAAUAAUGGAGAUGGGAAAUGGCGAUGUGAAAGGUGUGAUCAGACUGUUGAUGCUUGUGAUUAUAGGUACAUUCUGCAAUUCCAGAUUCAGGAUCACACUGGCUUGACAUGGGUUACUGCUUUCCAGGAGAGUGGCGAGGAGAUCAUGGGUAUGUCUGCUAAAGAAUUGUAUAACCUUAAAUUCGAACAAAUGGAUGAUGAAAAAUUUGCAGAAAUCAUGCGUAAGGUUCUCUUUGGUAAGUAUAUGUUCAAGUUGAAAGUAAAGGAGGAAAUGUACAGUGAUGAGCAGCGUGUCAAGUCGACGGUAGUAAAAGCAGAGAAGGUAAGCUUUCCAUCUGAAUCUAAAUUUCUUCUGGAUAUGAUUGAUAAGCUUAAGUCUGAGAAUGGAGAAGGUACCAAUCCUAGCUCCAUAGCUAAUACUGCCGGACUAGUCAGCACUGGAACUGGACAAUCUAUGCCACCACCGGUUUACAAUUCUGUGAUGAGCAACAGUAGUGCCGGUAUUGAUUAUAGAAACCAAUAUAGCAACUCUUUUGCUACUUCAACUGGUGCUCCUGCUCCUGCUUCAUAUAUGUCAUGUAGCAUAUGUGGUUGCUCUGGUCACAGCUCUGCACAAUGCCCUAAUAAUAUGAUGAAUAUGCCUGCUCAGCUGGCAGCAAGAGGCGGUGGAUUCACAAGCAGGGCAUCUGCCGGAUCAGGAGGAGCCUCCGGCGAAUGCUUUAAAUGCCAUCAACCUGGCCAUUGGGCAAAAGAUUGCCCUGCUUACAGUGCAGCACCACCAGCUUAUGGAAGCGCUAACGGAAUGCAAGGUAGAUAUGGAAUUGCCCCAAAGCAACAAUAUGGAGGAUAUUGAAAUUUGGGAAAAACCCGCCGUGUUUUGUUACCUUAUGAUUAUUACAGCAAUAAUUUGUUUAGGUUUAAGUCAGGUCUAGAAUAUGAGCAGUAUCUGAACUGUGUAAAUAUAGUUCACCUAAUUAUGUGCUUUUUGAAUGCGUCAUUUUUCUCGAUGCCGUCAUUUUGCUAAGUGCGAAAAUUGUAUUUUAUU